AUGACUCACAAGCAUUCUCAGAUUCAAGAGCGCCUCCAGGUUGAGGAGAAGGUCCUAGGACUUUCUCCCGAAACUCUUUCUCAGAACUCCUCUUCGACUGAGACUCUAAGCGAGAUUCGAGUACCCCUCGGCCUUGACGCCCUCGAACCCUCAUUCUCACUCUCUGAACAUCUUCACUCUGUCGGAGUUGACCUCGCAACCAGACGAGAUGAAGCAGACAGAUUCCUGUCACCAUUUAGUUGGUCAGGUUGGAAGAAGACCAUCACUCUAUUGGGACCUUUCAUGGCAUCGACCCUCGCGGCAUACGCAGCUGGAGCCUACGCACUGGCUUCAGAGCCUCUUCGUGCGAAAUGGGACAUCAGUGACUUCCUUUUCAAUUUGGGAAUAUCUCUAUUCGUUGUCGGGUUUGCCUUCACCCCCAUGAUUCUCGCCCCAAUCAGCGAAACGCAUGGUCGAUACUGGACCUUUGUUAGCUCAGGCAUCGUCUUCUUCCUCGGGACUCUAGGAUGCGCUGUGACGGAAAGCUACGCCGGCAUGAUGGUCUCUCGUCUGAUCACGGGAAACAGGGCUGCAGUGUUUGCUACCCUCACCGGCGGUGUUGUGAGUGACCUCUAUCGCAAAGAGGACCGCAAUACGCCAAUGGCUUUGUACUCCAUGACAAUCAUGGUCGGUGCUAGUCUCGGACCACUCAUCAGCGGAACCGUCGUGGACCUUCUCGGCUGGCGGUGGAUCUUCUUUAUCCAAGCCAUCGCCAUUGGGAUAACGACAACAACAUUAUUCUUUCUUUUUGAAGAGACUAGGAGCAACGUCCUAUUACGCCGAAAGUGCUUCGUCCUGAAUGCGGUCCCCAUCAAAACAUCAGCAGGAAAACUAAUCAAUUUUGGGUCUGCGAUGGAAGAACGUCUCGACAUUGAGGUCAGUAUUAUCUGGCGAAGCUUUGCUUUCCCACUGCGUCUUCUUUGGAAAGAGCCUAUUGUGUUCUGUAUGUCGUUGUGGGUCUCCUUUGCUUGGGCAAUCAUGUACAUGCAAUUCAGCAGUAUUGGACUGGUGUUUCGCAGCGUAUAUGGCUUCGACAACGCUGCAGUUGGUGCAGUCUAUACUGCUACUAUUGUUGGCUCGAUUGUUGGCAUCGGAAUCUCAUUACUACAGGAAACUAUCAUAAAACGAGUGCUGCCUCACAAAGAGCCUCUGUCUACGCCAGAACAACGUUUGCUCUCGCCUUGCAUACAGUCCGUUCUCUUGCCAAUCGGCCUCUUCUGGUUCUUCAUGACAGCUAGGCCAGAUAUUUCGUGGAUAUCUCCUUGCGUAGCCCUUGGAUCGUGUUCAAUGGGGAUCUUCAGCAUCUAUCUCGCCGUGUUUAAUUAUCUCGCUGAUACAUAUCAUGGGUAUGCCUCUUCGGCUUUGGCAGCUCAGAGUCUGUGUCGAAAUAUCUUGGGCGGAGUGUUCCCACUCGUCACGGCUAGAAUGAUAAGCAAUUUGACACUGCAAGGGACUGGUGGUCUACUUGGUGGCCUUGGGCUGUUAUUGACCGCUAUUCCAUGGCUGCUUUACUUCUGUGGGCAAAGAAUUAGAGCUCACAGUCCGUUCGCGAAGGGAAUGGAAUGA